AAAGGGUUCGAUCUCUCUCUCUCUUUCUCAAGCCUCCAGGCUCAAGGCAAGUUUUCCGGCAAGAGUCGCCGGCAAGACUUUGUCGAGAAGCUCGCACUAGGGUAUUUAUCAAAGCAGAGCUUGCGUAUCAAAAGCUCUAAAGAAGCCUGAAUAUCAAAGUACUGCCUCUCAAGCUCUACAGUUUCAUGACACAAGAAACAAAUAUGGUGGGAACAGGAAGGGAGAAAUCACAGACGCAAUGGAUGUUGGAUUUGAUGAAUGGGAAGGUCACCAUAAACAGAGAGGAAAAGGCCGAGGAAUGGAAACAACGUUGCAUUUACAAAGUCCCAUGCUUCCUGAAAGAGCGAGCUCCUUAACGAAGCCUUCAUUCCCAGGGUUGGGCCCCUUUCACCAUGGCUCCCCGCACCUCCAACCCAUGGAGCAGCACAAGCGUCGACAGCUCCUCCACUUUCUCAACCGCUCGAAGCACCCGUCCCAAGUAUACCUUGAUGCACUCCAAGCCAAGGAGCAGGCGAUACGGGACUGCUACGAGUGGCCAGGCGACCUGGCCCCUCCCGAGAGCACCGAGUUCAUUAACAUGACGCUGCUUGACGGCUGUUUCCUGCUCGAACUCCACCGCAUCAGCCGAACAGACGGCGAGACAGGCUACACAGCCGAGGAUCCAGUGUUUGGCUCAAAAUCGGCAUUGUUCUUUGUGCAUCACCACAAUUAUCGUGACCUUAUGAUGCUGGAGAAUCGAAUCCCUUUGAUGGUCUUGAACACUCCGUUGGACCCACUUGGAACAGGGAUCUGCACCAGGGUGAAUGAGGUGGUGCUUGAGUUAUUAGGGGAGGAGAUUCAAGGUAUGUUUCAGGAAGCCUUUCUCUUGAAUAUAAUGGUAUUUGAGAAUGUCAGGAAUUCUAAUUGUGUCAACUCAAAUGUAAGUUUCUUGAAUGAUCUGAUAGACACAAUCAAGGACAUUGAACUGCUAGUUUUUUCUGGAAUCAUAGAGAAUAGGAUGCGAAGUGAUGAAGAUGUGACCGAGGUCUUCGACAAGGUUACCAAGGGGAUAGUCUUUUCUGAGAAUCCCCACUUGAUGGGUGUGCAGACCAGGCUCAUCUGCCAUUGCAAGACGAGUCGUUACAGAUGGAGGGCCUACUUCAUCCACACCUACCUUACUGACCCAUGGAUGCUUAUAUCGUUGCUGGCAGCGAUAUUCCUACUGCUGCUAACGGUGCUUCAGACUCUGUAUACAGUGCUCAGCUAUUACAAGUAAUUUAACCCAUGAGACUUCACUUCCUCUAGCUGUAACUUCACCCAUUGCAUGCAAGUGUAUUAUGAUCCUGUGGUUAGGCCACAGUGAUUUUGGCGCAAUGAGUCCUUACAAAUUAGUCUUGAAGAUCAUUCCUGAAUAAAGAAGCACUGAUUGGAUCGGUA